AUGGCCGCCUUCCGCCCUUCAGAGCCUUCAUCAAUGGCGGCUCUGACUGUUUUUCUCUCACUUCUGUCGUGUUUCUUGCCGGAGCUUGCGUUCGGGGUAACCAGACACUACACUUUCAAUAUAGGGUACCAGAACGUAACGAGGCUGUGCCAUACGGUGAACCUUCUAACCGUCAACCGGCAGCUCCCCGGGCCGCCAGUGGUGGCCAGAGAAGGCGACAGAGUCUUGAUCAAGGUCGUCAACCACGUGGCUGAGAACGUCACCAUCCACUGGCACGGCGUCCGGCAGAUCCGAACCGGUUGGGCCGACGGACCGGCUUAUGUGACCCAAUGUCCGAUCCAGACCGGCCAAGCUUACACCUAUAAUUUUUCACUCGACGGCCAAAGAGGGACUCUGCUUUGGCACGGCCAUAUCUCGUGGCUGAGAGCCACAAUUCACGGCGCCAUUAUCAUCCUCCCUCGCCGGAAUGAGUCAUAUCCGUUCGAGAAGCCCCACAGAGAAGUCCCAAUCAUUUUGGGUGAGUGGUUCAAUGUGAGGCCGGAGAGUGUGAUUCAGCAGGCGCUGCAGACCGGAGCAGCGCCGAAUGUUUCCGAUGCGUACACCAUUAAUGGACUCCCUGGUCCUCUUUAUAAUUGCUCCUCUUCUAAUGAUACAUUUAAGCUAAAAGUGAAGCCUGGUAAAACGUACCUACUCCGAUUGAUCAACGCUGCACUCAACGACGAGCUUUUCUUCACUAUUGCCGGCCAUUCUCUGACCGUCGUCGACGCCGACGCCGUUUACGUCAAGCCCUUUCAAACCGACGUGAUAUUGCUCACUCCCGGCCAAACCUCCAAUGUUCUUCUUAAAACAAAUCCCAAUUUCACCAACGGAAGUUUCCUCAUGGCGGCUCGACCGUACUUCACUGGCCAGGGUACUUUCGACAAUUCCACCACCGUCGGAAUCCUCCAGUACGGCGACUCACCCACCACCCGAACUCCGGCCACUCAACUUCCCAAUCUCCCGGCAAUUAACGACACGAAUUUCGUCGCCAAUUUCUCGAGAAAAUUCCGGUCUCUUGCCAAUGCUAAAUUCCCUGCAAAUGUCCCACAAACCGUCGACAGGAAAUUUUUCUUCACUGUCGGACUUGGAACUGCGCCAUGUCCGAAAAACGUCACGUGUCAAGGUCCCAACGGUACGAAAUUCGCUGCCUCUGUUAAUAAUGUCUCUUUUGCUCUGCCGAAGACGGCGAUUCUGCAGGCGUAUUUCUCCCGCCGGACUAAUGGGGUUUACCGAACUAAUUUUCCGGCCAAGCCGGUUUUUCCCUUCAACUACACCGGAGUGCCGCUCAAUAAUACAUUUGUGAGUAACAGUACGAGUGUGGUAGUGCUGCCGUUUAAUGCGAGCGUGGAAGUCGUUUUGCAGGGGACGAGUAUUUUGGGGGCGGAGAGUCAUCCACUCCAUCUUCAUGGAUAUAAUUUCUUUAUUGUCGGAGAAGGUUUUGGGAAUUUCGACAUGAAUAAGGAUCCAGCUAAUUUCAAUCUGGUUGACCCGGUUGAGAGGAACACUGCCGGCGUUCCCGCCGGCGGCUGGUUGGCCUUCCGUUUCUUCGCCGAUAACCCAGGGGUUUGGUUCAUGCACUGCCAUUUUGACGUCCACACGAGCUGGGGGCUGAGAAUGGCAUGGAUUGUCCUCGACGGCCCAAAAUCCGACCAGAAACUACGGCCGCCGCCAGCCGAUCUUCCAAAGUGUUGAUUUCUGGGUUU